AUGGUUGGCAUAAACACUCGUGGAACUGAUUGUACGGAUGCUGAAUGGAUUGAAUAUUGUAAUAUGCCACAAAUUCGUGAUAAUGAAACACCAUUAGUAUAUAAUGGACAAAGAAAGAAGAAUAUAGGAAAUUAUAACCAUAUAGGAAUGGAAAGACAUUGGAAAUUUUCAUGUACCGGUAAUAAAUACUGUGGUGUAAAUUAUGAAGAAUAUUUGAAAAUUAAACAAGAAUCUAAUUCCAGAUAUGAUUAUGACAGUAAGUAUGCAUUACAUCGAUAUGGAUUGUGGAUGCAGAAUGCUAUUAAAAAGGCCGAACAUGCCAGAGAAAUUG